AUGGCUUAUAUGCAACAAGCAGCAAAUUGGUGUGUAUUUUUUUGGAAAAGCUUCUAUCGGGUUAAUUACGAUGAGAGAAAUUGGAAACUGAUUGCUGAUUAUCUCAAGUCUGGAAAUUAUCAAAAAAUUCAUGUUCUGAACCGCGCGCAACUUAUAGACGACGCGUUUGUUUUGGCUGAAUUUGGAUACCUCAAUUUCAAUGUCACCUUUGAUUUGGUGAGAUAUCUCAAGGUUGAGACAGAAUAUGUACCGUGGGCGACUUUUUGGGAAAAAAUGUUCCGUUUAUAUCAAUACUCUUCAAUAUCUAGUUCUCAAUACUACGAACCGUUUAAAAAUAUGAUUUUGGAGUUAUCUGGCCCACUGGAACGUAAAUUUCUAUCAGAUGCAGCAUUUGAUGGUAAUGAUCGCAUGGAAAGACUCAAUAAAAUAGCGUUUAUAAAGUGGACUUGCUUCUACGGUUCAACGUUAUGCAGAAACUAUUCACUUGUUAAACUCAAAAAUUGGCUCGCGGAUCCCGUUAAAAAUCCACUAUUGGAGGACAUCCGACAAGAAAUACUUUGUGCAGGAAUUCGCAGUGCUGAUAAAGAAACUUGGGAAAAAUUAUUGGAGAAAUAUUUAAUUGACAAGGGCGACACUAUUCUUUUUGCACUCAUGUGCUCGUCAAAUUAUGAGUUACUGCAUAAAUUAAUUAUGUUUUUCAUUAAUGGUCAAUUGGUUCAAAGUAAUCCUUGGUAUAUUUUAAUCAAAAUUGCUGAACAGAGCACCAUCGGUUUGGAUACUAUCAUCCGUUUCAUUGACAACAAACAAGCCGUUAUACACAGAAUGUAA